UAAGAGUACAACCAAUUUGGAGAAGGGCCGAUCGUGAGGGUAUAAAUUAAAAUUUGCCUAAGCCUUGCUGAUCACGGCCACCGCCAUCGACACCGUCUAUGGCGAGGAUGCAUCACGGCGGCGAUUUCACCUCCCCGGACGACGCUUCCCAAUACCCUCCUCCGCCUUCCAACCCCUACGCCUCCGAGCUCCACCCUCCCAAUUCUAUCCGGCCGUCCUCCUACGCCUCGGCGCCACCUUUCUCCCAAUUCGCCACCGAUUACUACGGCUACUCGUCCGAUGCCUCCGCCGCCGCUUAUUCCCAUAACCCAGAACCCGUGCCUAACGUUCCCCCUCUCUCCGUCCCCCAUUAUCAACCACAGUUGCCGCCGCAAACUCCCCAAUGCCCCACCUUUCCGCAUUACUAUCCCUCGCCGGAGAUGCAGCCCUCUUCGCCUACCUAUCCGCACCUCCAGGAUGAUUCUUUGUACUACCGAUAUGAUCCCAAUCACCCGGAAGCAAAUUAUGCCUCGCAGUUAAAUUCUACCUCCAAUCUCCAUCCUUACCCUACUCAAAGCUCCUUCUUUUCUGCUCCUUUUAGUUCCUAUAUCGACUCUUAUGAAAUCAAAGGAUCUCGAUUUGAUCAAGGAAACAGUUAUUUAUCUGAUAAUCCCAGUAAAAAUGUCUCGAGCGUGGCUGGUGGAUAUGGUAUUGGGAUUGGCCGUUCCGGGUUCGAGCAGGAUUUCUAUGGAAAGAAGCCAGAGAGCCCGAUGCGCUGUGAUCCUGGUGAUGGUAUUUAUGCUUAUGAUGGGGCUAAGUCUGAGCCUCAUGGUGCAAGGGGUAGGGUGCCUAGUAGGUCUUCCACUUUGUUUGAUGAUUAUGGGAGGUCGCUGAGCUUUCCUUCUAGUGAGAAGGACCAGGGACUGGACACGGAGAAGAUUGUAAGAGCAGUGCCAACGACGGAGACUCAGCAGGAUGUGAAGAAUGGGGUACUAAAGUUCAGAGUCAAGAUCCUACCGGAAGGGGGGAGUCAGAGUACCAUGGAUGUCCUUUGUCAGAUUGGAUUAGAUGGAAUCCGCAUGCUUGAUCCAAGCACUAGUAGAACACUAAGAAUCUAUCCUCUUGAGAAUGUGACAAAAUGGGAAGUAAUAGAUUCAUCUAUAUUUGCCUUUUGGUCCAAAAGCUCAGUUGACAAGGAUCCAAGGCGCGUCAGGCUGCAGUCAAAUAGCUAUCCUAUGAAUACCAUACUUGACAUUGUGACUGCUGCAGUAGUCCAGCUGAAGGAGAUCGGUGGGAAAGACGACUUUUUUGGUGGCAAAGGAACUGCUGAUACUAUAAAGCAAGUCCAACAAUCCACUGAAAAGAAAAAGGCUUUUGAUUGGAUGAACUUGAUAAGACCUCCCAAUGAAGAGAAAGAUCACUGGUUACCAGAUGAAGCAGUUAGUAAAUGCAGCUCAUGUGGCUCAGAUUUUGGACCAUUUAAUCGCAGGCAUCAUUGCAGAAAUUGUGGUGAUAUUUUCUGUGACAAAUGCACGCAAGGAAGAAUUGCUCUCACCGCAGAUGAGGAUGCAAGGCCUGUUCGAGUUUGCGAUAGAUGCUCGGCAGAGGUUUCUCGUAGACUGAACAUUUCAAAGGAGGCCUCAAACAAGUCUGUGGGGAUGCACAGUCAUGAAGAACUAGCUCGCAAACUUCAGGCGGAAAUGGAUAAAAAUCGGAAACCCUCUUCAGCUGAUGUUUUUGUAGGCUCAAAAUCCUCAGAUAAUUCUGGGAAGAGGAUGACGGAAAUCGCAUGUCCAAUCUGUACAGUCCAUCUUCAGGUACAAGUUCCAGCCUUAGGUUCCGAAACGAUGGAAUGCAGUGUGUGCCAAAAUCCAUUUUUAGUCAGCGCUCGUUGAUAUCUAGUGUAUCGUGAUAGUUCUGUUUGGGAUUCAGAUGUUAGAUCUUGUUUCUUCGAGGGACAACGUAGUUUCUUGUAAGAUGAAUGCAAUGUGUACAAAUUGUCGUGUGAUCCUAUCUUUAUUCUUCCGUUAUGUUACGUCACAGCUAUUGCAUUGUUCAAUGGAAAUGAUAUUGUUAGUACA